AUGGCAGACUCACUUGCAUUGCGCCUGCCUGUGGAGCUGCUAUUAGAGAUAUUUAAACUCGCCGCGGACGAUGAAAAAGAAGACCUGGGAGCCAAGACUGCCUUCCGGCUUGCAGCUGUAUGCCGAGCUUGGCGCACUCUGUUGCUUGACUACGGACCGGCGUGGUCUUCUAUCUCUCUUGCACGCACGCCAGUGACUGAGAUCAUGCUUCAACGAUCCAAAACAGCCUGUAUAUCUCUCCGCGUUGAUCUUCGCUAUGCAGUCAACCAUCGCGAACUGGAGCGGCGCGUUGCUGCAGCUCGCCUUGCUCUCACUCAAGCGCUCGACCGUACCAGGGAGUUAUACGUCGCUGGUCGACAGCCCGCGCUUGUCGCACAGGUUUUAGCGACAUUGUCGGCACCGAAACCUGCUUUAGAAGUGCUGGAGCUGAGCGCAUACGAACCUGGACAUAUGUCUGUUUACUCCCUCGGGCCCACACAUCUCGCAGGGAACAUGCCACUAAGACGCUUGGCUCUCCAAAGUACACAUCUAUCCGAAGGUUCUGGAGCAUUAUUGCGCGCGCACUGCGCCUCACUGGUUCAUCUAGAACUUCACACUGUCCAGGGUUUGACCCUAUCGGCACUGCUUGACCUUCUCUCGGCCGCUCGGGAGUCGCUUCAAGUCGUGAUGAUGGAGUCUAUGGCGCUUUCCUCACUAAACGAUCUUCCGCCUCAGCAAAUCCAUCUUCCUGCCUUGCGCCUAAUGUCCUUCAAAGGACUAUAUCCCCCCUUCAGGCAUGGAACACCUGUGGCAUUGCUAAAUCAUGUCACAUACCCUACGACAGCCCGUUUCAAGAUGCACAUGCAUGUUACACACGCCACUCUCGCUCCCGGAACCCAAGAUCUCCCAUAUGCUCACCUUGCGUCACGCGGGUUGGACUUCAAAACCGCAUUACUUAGCCCGAUCGAGGCGCCGCGCCAACCUGGCUUGCGCCUGCGCUGCUGGUCUUCCCGCGCCAUCCCUGACAUCUUUAACCUCGAUCAACGCCCUCCUGCACCACUCGACCUCCGCGUAACACGCGGAGCCGACACACCAGAUGCAGUGGCCGUGGCGGCUUUGGCUGCUCUCGGAGCAGCGGCGAACAUUGCAAGCGUACGCCGUCUGGCAGUUGCGCCUCUUCGCCCCGAUGUGCCAUGGGCACGUAUCCUGUCGCGUAUACCGCAGUUGAAUGAGUUGAGUGUAUAUGGGCCCUCGAUCGUGGACAAUCUUCUGCUCGCAUGUGCGAAGCAUGAGCCCAGCGCGCCAUAUAUUGUUGGGGAGCUCACCGCCACUCCAUUCUUGAAGCGCCUUGCGACACUCAAUAUCUUUGGGCUCAACCUUGUGCCACCCCCGGAGAGCUAUCCCGCUCUUGCAUAUGUCGCAUCUGGUCAGGAAAGUCAUCACGCGUCACUGAAGAACCUUCUAUCCUCACUCCCGCACCGCAUCGAGGAACUCUGUGUCUGUUACUGCGACGCGCGUGCCAGCGAUAUGGAUCAACUGGCGCAGUACGUGAGUGGGGAGCGUAUCGUCUGGGACGGAAGUACGAACGGCACGAAGAGCCUUCCGCUCAGCAUGUUCCCUCGCGGAAUAUCUACACGGGCUGCUGGACAUCCUACGGUGGGCCCAGUCGUAUGGGGCGGUGUUGAUCAGGAUGACUGGGCUUUGGAAGGUGGCGGCGGUGGCGAUGGAUUGGGGUUAGGGUUAGGCAUGGGCGGCCAUAUGCAUCAACCCCCGCCUCCAGCACCUGCACCGCUCAAUCAAUGGCACCAUGCCCAUCACUUCCACAAUCAUUUUGGCAUAGGGCAUCAUCACCACAUUCAUGGGCACGGACACGCCGCGGGCGUACACCAGCCUCCUGCAUUCUGGCCUAUCAUGGGCGGUGGGCUUCACCAGCCGGCUCCUGGGCUAUCACUCCACGGCCACGGCGCCGCAGGCAAUCAUCAUGCAGAGCUGGACCCCAUCGGCCACUUGUCUGACUCCGAGGACGAGGACUUGAUAGGCGAUAUCAACCCCGCGACGCUCGUCCAACCUGGUGCUGUUGCGAUCGGAGAACAAGCUCUCGGACCGAUAUUUAACGACAACGGCAACGGCGAGAACGCGGCACAGAUGUUCUUCACCCAACUGCAAGCGAAUGCGCAGGCUCCACCUCACUGGCAGCCUGGACCCCCUCCCUUACCUCCGGCUCUGCAGUACCCGAUACACCACGCCGUGCAUUGGGGACACAAUAUGGCGGUGGAACAAGUUGCUGCCGCGUUUCAGAACAUUGUGCCCCAGGCCAACGCACCUCACGACAAUGGCGAUAACGCCGCUCAUCAUGAUCCCGCGUAG